UGUAAAGGACCCUACAGCUGUAGAAAGAGCAAAUUUACUGAACAUGGCUAAACUGAGCAUCAAAGGACUCAUUGAAUCAGCCUUGAGCUUUGGGCGCACUCUGGAUUCUGACUACCCACCCUUGCAGCAGUUCUUUGUUGUCAUGGAGCACUGCCUGAAGCAUGGCCUGAAAGUAAGAAAAUCCUUUCUAAGUUACAACAAAACCAUCUGGGGUCCUCUGGAACUUGUGGAGAAAUUAUAUCCAGAAGCUGAGGAAAUAGCAGCAAGUGUCAGAGAUUUGCCUGGCCUUAAGACCCCGCUGGGCCGUGCCCGCGCCUGGUUGCGGUUGGCGCUGAUGCAGAAGAAAAUGGCCGAUUACCUUCGCUGCUUAAUCAUUCAGAGGGACCUCCUCAGUGAGUUUUAUGAGUAUCAUGCACUGAUGAUGGAGGAAGAAGGAGCAGUUAUUGUUGGGCUGUUAGUUGGGCUAAAUGUGAUUGAUGCCAACCUGUGUGUGAAGGGAGAAGACCUGGAUUCACAAGUGGGGGUGAUUGAUUUCUCUGUGUAUUUGAAGAGUGACGAUGACAUUGGGGGUAAAGAAAGAGAUGUACAGAUUGCUGCAAUAUUGGACCAAAAGAAUUAUGUUGAGGAGCUAAACAGGCAACUGAAUAGCACAGUUAGCACUCUACAUGCAAGAGUUGACUCACUGGAGAAAUCAAACACUAAACUGAUUGAGGAGUUAGCAAUAGCAAAAAACAAUAUAAUUAAGCUUCAGGAAGAAAACCAUCAAUUGAGGAGUGAAAAUACUCUGAUUUUAAUGAAAACACAGCAUCAUCUAGAGGCAACUAAGGUGGAUGUGGAGGCAGAGCUGCAGACGUACAAGCACUCGAGGCAGGGCUUGGAUGAGAUGUACAACGAGGCUCGCAGGCAGCUCCGGGAGGAGGCACAGCUGCGCCAGGAUAUGGAGAAUGAGCUGGUGGUUCAAGUCAGCAUGAAACAUGAGAUAGAGCUUGCCAUGAAGCUGCUGGAGAAGGAUAUCCAUGAGAAGCAGGACACCCUCAUCGGCCUGCGGCAGCAGCUUGAUGAAGUAAAAGCAAUUAACGUGGAAAUGUACCAAAAGCUGCAGGUUUCUGAAGAUGCUAUGAAAGAAAAGAAUGAAAUAAUUAAUCGGUUAGAGGAUAAGACCAAUCAAAUUAAUGCAACUAUGAAACAACUAGAACAAAGAUUGCAGCAAGCAGAGAAGGCUCAAAUGGAGGCUGAGGCUGAGGAUGAGAAACUUAAACAGGAAUAUGUGAAUAAAUCUGAAAGCCUGCAGAACGAAUUCUCCCAGAAGGAGAAACAGCUGCUUCAGCUGGAAACAGAUCUGAAGAUAGAAAAAGAGUGGCGGCAAACCCUAGAGGAUGAUCUUCAAAAGGAAAAGGAAACUGUAUCUCAUCUGAGAACAGAGACCCAGGAAAUAGUUAACCUUAAGAAAGAGUUCCUUAAAGUUCAGGAGAAGAACAAGCAACUGAAAAGCAUUUGUGAGGACCAAGAAGCUGCUCUCCAAGAACUGGCAUCCAAGCUGAGCGAAUCAAAGCUGAAAAUAGAAGAUAUAAAAGAAGCAAACAAGGCGCUGCAGGGCCAGGUUUGGUUGAAGGACAAAGAGGCCACUCACUGCAAGCUAUGUGAAAAAGAAUUUUCGCUUUCCAAAAGGAAGCAUCACUGUAGGAACUGUGGGGAGAUCUUCUGCAAUGCCUGCUCUGACAAUGAGCUGCCCCUGCCCUCAUCACCAAAGCCUGUCCGGGUCUGUGACUCCUGCCAUGCAAUACUUAUACAGAGGUGCUCUUCCAAUGUGCCAUAAGAUAUUUAGUAAUUCCGGUGUUUAGCUCACCCUGUACAAACCACAACACAAACUAAAGAAUGUACAGCAGUUAAUUUCGGGUAAGCAGUGUAGAGUUGCAGUUUCAAGGUUCUGUGGACAAGUUGCUUCUCUGCUUCCUCUUGAAACAAGUGGAGGCGAUGGGACCCAAAUCAAAAGGAAGAAAACCCAAAUGGGUAUGUUGGUCUGCCAAAUGGCUCAGCAGCUUUUUUGGGAGGCAGCAGGGCAGUUUAUACAGGAGACUCAGUGUUAAUGUAUUGGAUGAGUAUGUUACUUGUUAAGAUGAUCUGGAGAAAGGCCAUACUCUUACAGGAUGAUGUGCCACAAGUCCCACCUAACUCUGCCAGAGUGUGCCUGGGAUAGGCUGUUGUGGAGCAAACCCAUGCAGUAGCUGGUUUUAAAUGGUUCUGGAAAGAACUAUGGCAAUUAAUGCAGUGGUGUGAGAAGUUAUUGCCAAAUACCAAGUAUUCCUUUACUCCCUCUUGGGGGGAAUCCCCAAGAUAUCCCAGAAUAUUGCACUGGCAGCUGUUCUGUGCACUCCCAGGUGUAAGGGGAGCUUUGGUCAGCCAGGGAACAAACAGUGCCUCGGGGCACUUGCUGAAGGAAGGUGUGUUUUGCUGAAUGAUUUUUUCACAUGAACUAUUAAUUUGAUAUGUCCGUGUUUCCAUUGGAAGAGCUGUUCAGCACAGACCUCUUGUCUGACAUUGUCUUUAACCUUGAACACGUCUCUGCAUCAUUUUCAUGCAAGUCAUGCUCUCAAGCUUGUACGUGCAGUCACUGCAUAGCUCUAGAAAGCCUGGGAUUAAAUACUGGGGAUCACAUCCUUUCUGUGUUAACAGGGAGCUUUCUUCCCUAUUUUGUCACCAUCUUGCUCCAACUUUCAGAGUUGGUUCCUAAACUUCAUUUUUUUGCAGAGCGCUUUUGAGUCCUUCUCAGUCUAACCACUCUUGUCACUGAUGGUAACUUUUGCUGGAAGGUAAAAUCCGUGUUCUUUCCAUAGGCAAAUAGAAAUAAUAUCCUUUGGUAAAUUGCCCUCACUUCCAGCUCACGGCACUGCUUGCACCUUGUUUAGCUUGGCUUUGUCUCUGAGGAUAGGGAUUUUGUCAGUAUCCUAAAAGCUAACAUAGCUCUUCUUUUUAACACCUCAAUGUAGUUGCUUAUGUAGCUUUUGUAAAGGAAAAUGUUCUAAAAAUGACCUGAUGUAACUUUU